AUGCCUCACCAUUCCGAUGCAGGUUCCUAUUUCGUCCCUACCACGCACCAUGACACUUACCCAGCUAUCGACCCUACCAAAGCCGACCUGUCAGGCAAGGUCGUUCUUGUCACCGGCGCAUCGAGAGGCAUUGGGAAGACUAUCGCAGUCGCCUUCACCCAAGCAGGGGCUUCUGGCCUUGUGCUUCUCGCUCGCGGAGACACCGAAGCUGUUGAGGCGGCAUGCUUGGCGGCACAGCGCCCUGGUCAAUCGGUCAUGAUUCUUCCCCUCGCUGUUGACAUUACGAACCAGACGCAGGUCGUGAUGCGGCCAGGAAGCGAUCCGGUCGACUGGUGGAAGGUCUGGGAAGUCAACAUCCGUGGGACGUACAACGUCUCUCAAGCGUUCAUCCCUCUUCUCAUUGACUGUGGAGGCGGCAAAUUGAUUGUGAGUAUCCUUGCACACCAGUCAAUGCCAGCAUUAUCCACUUACCAGUCGUCCAAAUUCGUCGUCGUGCGCGUCACCGAGUCAAUCGUGGCAGAUUACGGCCCUCAAGGCAUUAUUGCCUUUGCGGUUCAUCCCUGCGGGACGCCGACCGACAUGAACGCCCAUGUUCCACCUGAAAUCAAGAAGCCGUUCAUCGAUACUCCAGAGCUUGCGGCACACACCAUGGUCUGGCUUGUGCGCGAACGUAGAGAAUGGUUAAGUGCAAGGUAUGUAAGCUGUGAAUGGGAUGUUGAGGAGUUGUUGGCAAAGAAGGAAGACAUUAUUGAGGGGGAUAAGUUGAAAUUUAGGAUGAUUGUGUGA